AUGCUGCGGUCUUAUCCCAAACAAGAGAAAAUUGUUGAUUUCGACAACAUUUUGGAGGCGAUCAAGUCGGUGAAAAUACAUCACAACAGCGUUCGACAAUCUGCGACGGCACACAAAAUUCCGAGGGCCAACUUGAUGCGUUAUAUUGCAGCAUUUGAUGGUGCGAGCAUCGACGUCACUACUGCCAAUGCCGAUAUCUUCAACAUCGAACAAGAGAAGGCGCUGAUAAGCUACAUUCUCAAGGCCAGCAACAUCAACUAUGGAAUUAGUUUUAUUGGCGCGUCGUAUCCGGAUCCAUGGAACGACAAUCAACAGGCGAGUAAGGAUUGGCAGUUGGCGUUCAUGAAACGCCACAAAAAUUUGUCACUGCGAACACCAGAGCAAGUAAGCCAGAGCCGUGCGAAGCGAUUCAACAAAGAGAAUGUCGAUGCAUUCUUUGCCAACCUUUCAUCCGUUCUCGGUAAGACGCCGUUUGAACCUCACCGAAUAUGGAACAUGGAUGAAACCGGGUGCCCGACCGUGCCAACCAGACCUGUCAAAACCAUCGCGCGCAAAGGACAAAAGCAGGUCGGCUCAUCAACAUCUGCCGAAAAAGGCACCAAUGUGUCUUUGGCUUUGGCCAUCAGCGCUAGUGGCCAGUCUAUACCGCCAUUCUUCCUCUUUCCCCGAGUCAACAUGAAAGAGAUUUUUAUGACUCAUGCGAGUCAUGGCGCUGUUGGUGUUGCGAACUGUUCUGGUUACAUGAACUCUGACGUAUUCCCUCAAUUCAUGCGUCAUUUCAUCAAGCACACCGGUGCUAAUGCCGUUUCGCCAACCAUGUUGCUGCUGGACAACCACGGUUCGCAUUUAUCGAUCGAGGCGAUAGAUUUGGCGUUGGAUCAUGGCAUCACGUUGUUGUCUUUUCCGCCGAAAUGCAUGCACAAAAUGCAGCCGCUAGAUGUUGCGGUAUUUGCACCAUUUAAAGGCAUGAUGACCGUGAAGCAUGAUGCAUGGAAAAAGUCCAACAUUGGUGUCACUUUCGAUCUGCAUCAUGUGCCGCUCCUUGUCGAUCAGUGCCUCGAUGUUAUGUUAACGCCGAAAACCAUCAAAUCCGGCUUCCGAACAACUGGCAUCUACCCGUUCGGUGACGAAGAAAGACGCCGACAUUCAACGUCGAGUUCUUGCCUCUGGUGA